AUGGCGUCCAGCUUGGCCCAUAGCAUGGCAGCAGCCCAAACUGCAGUGCCCGCGAAGAUAAGCAAAGCGGCGUCUCUAGCGCCAGGCAGUCGCCAACUGGCUGCGUCUAUCGCCCGUUCGCCCGUCACGGCGCGCACUCGGCGGUCGCUGCGGGUGCGCGCGGAGGCGAAGGACAUUCUGUUCGACCAGGCGGCGCGGUCCGCCAUGCAGUCCGGCAUUGACAAGCUCGCGGACGCCGUGGGAGUCACGCUCGGCCCGCGAGGUCGCAAUGUGGUGCUGGACGAGUUCGGCGCGCCCAAAGUGAUCAACGACGGCGUCACCAUCGCCAGGGCCAUCGAGCUGCCCGACCCCAUGGAGAACGCCGGCGCCGCCCUCAUCCGCGAGGUGGCGUCGCGCACGAACGACUCGGCGGGCGACGGCACGACGACGGCGAGCGUGUUGGCGCGCGCGCUGAUCAACCUGGGGCUGCUCAACGUUACGGCGGGCGCCAACCCCGUGGCGCUCAAGAAGGGCAUUGACAAGACCGUUGCGCACCUCGUCGAGUCGCUCAAGGAUCGCGCGCGCCCCGUCAAGGGCCGCGACGAUAUUAAGGCGGUGGCGACGAUCAGCGCGGGCAACGACGACGAGAUCGGCGAGAUGAUCGCAGACGCGGUGGACAAGGUGGGCGCGGACGGCGUGCUCUCCAUCGAAAGCUCCUCGUCCUUCGAAACCACCGUCGACGUCGAGGAAGGCAUGGCGAUCGACCGCGGUUACAUUUCGCCACAGUUCGCGACGAACACGGAGAAGAUGCUCGUCGAGUUCGACAACGCGCGCGUGCUCGUGACGGACCAGAAGAUCACGGCGAUCAAGGACAUCAUCCCCGUGCUGGAGCGCACGUCGCAGCUGUCGGCGCCGCUGCUGAUCAUCGCGGAGGACGUGUCGGGCGAGGCGCUGGCGACGCUGGUGGUGAACAAGCUGCGCGGCGUGCUGCAGGUCGCCGCCAUCAAGGCGCCCGGCUUCGGUGAACGCCGCAAGGCGCUGCUGCAGGACAUCGCCAUCGUCACAGGGGCGGAGUUCAUGGCGUCUGAUCUGGGGCUCAAGGUGGAGGGGGCGACGGCGGACCAGCUGGGAGUGGCGAGGAAAGUGACCAUCAGCAGCAGCAGCACAACGCUCAUUGCUGACAGCGCCACCAAGGACGAGAUCGCGGCCCGCGUGGCGCAGAUCAAGCGCGAGCUGCAGGAGACGGACAGCGUCUACGACACGGAGAAGCUCUCGGAGCGCAUUGCCAAGCUCGCUGGGGGCGUGGCUGUCAUCAAGGUGGGGGCGGCAACGGAGACGGAGUUGGAGGACCGCAAGCUGCGCAUUGAGGACGCCAAGAACGCCACCUUCGCCGCCAUCGAGGAGGGCAUCGUGCCGGGCGGUGGCGCCACCAUGGUGCACCUGGCAGCGCUGGUGCCGGCCUUCAAGGCGCAGCUCACGGACGCGGAGGAGCGCAUCGGAGCCGACAUCGUGGAGCGCGCCCUGCUGGCACCGUGCUCACUGAUUGCCCACAACGCGGGUGUGGAGGGCGCGGUGGUGGUGGAGCGCGUGAGGGAGAGCGAGUGGGAGAUGGGGUACAACGCCAUGGCCGACCAGUAUGAAGACCUCCUCGCCUCCGGUCCGUGCUCCUCUCCCUGCUCACCCCUUACCCCGCGCCACUCCCUGCUCGUGCUCACCUGCGCUGCUCGUCACUCAUCUGCCCUCCACACUCCCUCCCCUCCCAUGCGUGCAGGAGUGAUCGACCCCGCCAAGGUGACGCGGUGUGCGCUGCAGAACGCGGCAUCGGUGGCGGGCAUGGUGCUGACGACACAGGCCAUCGUGGUGGAGAAGCCCAAGAACAGCAGCGGCGCCGCCAACACCCCCUACUCGCCACAAGUGCCCCUCACGCUCUAG